GAAGAGGCGUCGCCAUAGGCUGGAGAACGGCGAGGCUGCCUACACAUCCUGUUACAGACCAACUACCUUGUGACGAAAAGGAAAACGCAGUUUUGUGGAAAUGGCAGCCCUAAAACAGUCUUGCUGUGGCUGUUCCCUCAAGACGGGUACCAAAAUAAUUGCCGUCAUAUAUCUGGUCGCCAGUGUGUUCGAGAUAGGAAUGGCAGCGAUAUGUCUGCAUGAGAACUACAGCAACGCCAUGGACAAAUGUAGGAGGUUCCCACAUGAUGAGAAUUUUCAAGUUGUUGUUUUGGAUUUCAGUAGCGAGAAUUCCGGCUACUGCAACAAACUGGGCACAGUGCUGUGCCUGUUGAAAGUUACGAAGACGCAGCUUAUCGUAUGCCUUGUGUUUGGCAUUACCCAGGCAGUGAGUGCUACGCUUCUCUUCUUUGGAGCGAGUGAGAGUAAGCCAGUUCUGCUCCUACCGUGGAUGGUUGUGCAAAGCCUAGUCAUCAUAACGAUGACUAUUGUGAGCGUUAUCGCAUGUGCACGCUUUUUCCAUGCUGUCGAGAUAUCCCACUAUCCUGUGGUUGGUGCAGUCUACAUUUGCCUUAUGCUGAAUGUGUACAUCCUACUGGUGGUGUCCAGCCUGUGCCAGACACUCUGCGAACGCAGCCAGGAACGCACUUAGGCAAGACAGCGCGUGUGAGAAGCCAAGUGGAGAUCUGUGCAAGUUUCCGUCUCUACCCUUUAUCUGCAACACAUCGCUGUUGACAAAUGAGUUGAACCACGUCAGUUCUGCGACUACAAAAUUCUGUGUGCUGACUGUAACUUAGACCAUAGAUAAUAUAAACAGUGCAUGCCCUUUACCUUUGCCGUGUUAAUAUUUCAACCUGUAUCAACGUCAUGUGAUGGGUGGUCAAGGCCGAUGGCCUAUCAUAAUGUGGUUAUACAAUUUUUCCUAUUUAUACCUAAUGUAUGGAUUUUAACACAUUUACCUCGUAUUAUCACACAUGUG